AUGGUAGAAACAACAUCAUUUAUUUUAGCAAAAUAUGGAGGCUUAAAAGAAUUAGAAAAAUUUUCUCAAGCAUUGCAAUAUCUUUUUAAUCAGAAAAAGGAAAAGAAACCAAACUUGGCAGAAUUUAAAAUUCCAAAUAAGUUAAAUGAUCUUUCUAAUUUCUUUCCUCUUUUCAAAUUUAUUUAUCAACUUACCGAUGAUGAAUUAUCUGUUAGCUAUGUUACCGAAUUUAUAAUUCAUGAUUUUGCUCGUGAUGGAGUAAAAUAUCUAGAAUUAAGAUCUAACCCACGAAAGAAUGAUGAAAACGGCAUGACAAAGGAUUCAUAUGUACGAACUGUUACAUCAAUUAUCCAAAAGUUUCCACAUUCUGAAUGUGAUAUUAUAGUUCGAUUGAUACUUAGCAUUAAUCGUCGUAGUACAUUAGAAGAAGCAAUGGAAAUCCUGAAUUUGGCUAUAAAAUAUAAAGAAUUUGGUGUGGUUGGAGUUGAUCUUUGUGGUGAUCCAAAAGUAGGACAUAUCGAUAACAUAAAAUUAGUUUUUAUAAAAGCAAAAUCCUAUGGAUUAAAAGUAACAUUACAUUUGGGAGAGGCUGAAGAAACUAUACCAGAACAUGCAUCGAUGUUAUCCAUUGCUCCAGACAGAAUUGGACACGCGGCGCAUCUUGAUCCUGAAUCUAAGCUCUGCAUAUUUUCUAAUAAUAUUCCAAUAGAGAUGUGCAUGACCUCAAAUGUGGUUUGUAAUAUUGUAAAGAAUUAUAAAGAACAUCAUAUAAAGGACUUUUUAUAUGAUAAUCAUCCUUGUUGUCUUUCCACUGAUGACAAAGGUGUCUUUUUUUCGAACCUUUCUACUGAAUAUUCGAUUGCUGCUUCAACAUUUUCACUUUCACCAAAACAAUUAUUUGAUCUUUCAUAUCGAUGUAUUAAUUAUAUUUUUGAGAGUGAAAAUGUUAAAGAAAAUUUGAGAAAAGUUUGGAAUAAUUGGUUUAACGCAUAUCAUCUAAGUAUUCUCGAUGAAAAUGGAUCAAAUGUUAAAAAUCCUAUAUUGUGA